CUCAAAUGAAAAGUGAAAAACUUUGCAUAGUUGCAUAGCAUAUUUUCUCACCAAACAAUCAAACAAAACAAACCCAAAUGCUCGGCCACCGUCACCGCCGCCGUAACUAUAUUCCGUCUUCUCACUCGUCAGAAGAAGAAAGCAGUGAGCAGGAGGAAGAGGAAGAAGAAGAAGAGGAGGAAAUGAUGAAAUGCGUGUCGUGUAAAGAAGAAUACAAGUCAGAAGAUGCGGGAACUUGCAGGGAAUGUUACGAAGAAGCAAGUGAAACUGAAGAAGAAUUGAAACGUGAAAUUGAAGAACUUAAAUCCAAAGUCAAUUUCCUUAGGUUUUGGGGCUCACCUAAUCAUAAUAAUUAUAAUAAUAAUAGAUCUGCACCAGUAUUCACCGACGUCGUUUUGGUCGCUGUUGAUGCUGAUUCCGGUAAACCCGUUGCUAAUUCUGUUCCGGUCCCUGCUAAUAAGUCUGUUUUGGCAAGCCGUUCACCAGUGUUCAGAGCCAUGCUUGAAACUGAAAUGGAAGAAAGCCUAAGUGGCACCAUCAAACUUAGUGAUGUAUCAUACGAUGCCCUUCGUGCCUUUGUCAACUAUUUAUAUACAGCUGAAGCAUUUCUUGAUGAUGAAAUGGCUUGCAAUCUGUUAAUUUUAGCUGAUAAAUAUGAAGUGAGGCAUUUAAAGACUUACUGUGAGAAGUUCUUGAUUUCAAAGCUCAAUUGGGAAAGUUCACUUAUAAGCUAUUCAUUUGCGCAUCAGCAUAAUGCAAAAAGCUUGCUUGAUGCUGCAUUAUCAUUAAUUUUGGACAAUAUGGAUAAGCUAAGUAAGCGUGAAGAAUAUCAAGAGCUUGUAGAGAAAGAUCCUCGACUUCUUGUGGAAAUUUAUGAAGCUUACUUGUCUAAACAAGUUAACACUGCCGCUGCUUCUAGCCAUGAUGUUAAGGUAAUUAAAAGCCGAGAAUUGAAAUCACCAUAGCUAAUUGUCUUCAUCAAGAUUGUUAAAUAUACACAAAAGUAGGGGGUCAAACUGUGAAUGGCAUGUGUGACUUGAGAAUUACUAGAGUCUAGUCUACAAUAUAGUGGGUCCAAACAGACUUGUUGACUUGCUUCUAUGUUAUCCGUGUAUUACUCAGAUCUCUUGUAGAGCAAGUUUUGGGAAAACUAAAUGUAGGAACUUGUCAAACAAGUUGUGUUUGUGAAUUUUGUUACCUUUUCUUUUCUCUACUA